AUGGUUUGGUUCGAUGAUGUUGAUCUUCCCACAGCCCGCGCAACCUUGUCAGACACUAGCGUCUGGAACAAGAUCCGAGAUGGGUGCCCACAGUCAGCCUUAUCACGACCGACAUUCGGCUUCCGAGUGAAGAAGUACUUCAAGUCUAAAUCAGAACCGCUUAGGAGCGAGUUUCUGCCCGGAAUGCAGGGUCAAGUUCUCCACCGUCAAGGAAAUGGAGUAUAUGUCCAGGUAUUUGAUCUGUUCGAUGCCAAGGGCGGCUUACUCAAAGAUUGGAUCCACCAAGACUUCAUCGAGAUCGGCACCGAGCUCUAUGGCACUUGGAAGACGGAUGUUUGCAACAUCCCCAGGAUGCCUUCGAAAUUCACUCCAGAAGAACACACUCUGUUCAACAACCCCAAGUGCAAGCACCUUGCGCUCGGCAUUAGCACAUUUCUUAGGAAGCUAGCAGAGACAAAUCCAGAAUGUCUGACUGAGGAGAACCUUAAAAGGCUUGGGGGCUUCUCAGGCGACAAGGUCCCAUGGAUUACUACAAAGAUCCUUGCCGGCGUCGACAAGGCAGGCCUUAUUGCCGUCCUGAACAAUCCCCGAUUCACCAUGAAAGAGCUUGAGGCAAACGCAAACCUCGACUGCGAAUCUUCCGAUGCUCAGGGCGAAUCCGGCAUCUACUUUCGCCGCUACGUUGAACGUGGAUCUGGUCAGUCGAAGAAGCCCUGCUCGUUAUAUGUCGGUCAGCCUGUAGAUUUCUACAAUCGCUACAUCGGGUGGAUCGCGGACGGACAUGAUGAUCUGAAGGAGAAGUCGGAGCCCGUGAAGAUGCACGCAUUAUGCCGACUAGAGUCAGUGUUUUAUCAAGAACACAAGUAUAUCAUCGAGCAGCUUUUCACUUCGCUUCUUCAGACAUACAAGCAAGCUCUCCUCAACCGUACCAUGGACCUCACCGACACUCCGAGCAACUACCAUGUGAAGAACUGCUCUGAUAUGGACAAGAUCGCCAAAGCAUCUGCCAACGACAGCGGAUGGACUGGUGCGGUACGGAGAGACAGCUUUUGGAAUGGCUCGUACUCCACCUGCGCUGGCCUUAACCAUCAAUCGCCUAUCUCAGAAGCGCCAUUUCAUGAGCCAAUUACCUGGCUUGAAUCCCGCGGGCAUAUGCCAGAUCCGGAAGUGCCAGGCAAGUCGAUCCCGAUCUCAAACUUCACCCGCGAAGUACCGAAGAGGAUGAAGGUCAUCGCUGCUGGUAAAAAGUCAGCUUCGAAGGGUAACUGGUUCAUCGCCUUCGACCUAAAGUCACAGGAGACGACCUCAAAAGACUACGAUCUUCGAAUUUCCCGAGUGCUACCGAAGAACUUCUCCUCCGACGGCGUGGAAUGGCCAAUUCCUGGUUCUACCUACAAUAUCACGAUCGAGGUUCGCACAGAUUGGAAACCUCACCCCUUCUCGUGGGCUCGCCUGCCACUCAUUGGUCCGUUCAAGGAUUGGGAUCGAGCUAAUAGCUGGGCUAUUGCUAUGCACUGGAUCGACAAGGACGGCAACGAUCGAUCCAGAUAUCUCCAUUGCGAGAACCGUUACGAGGUGUUGAACAAAGAGUCAAAUGGCUCCACUCAGCCUUAUGCAAGGGGUAUUGAGGUCAUUCACUGGUUGUACCGUGAGAAUAUUCCCGCCGAUAAACAACAUCGCUGGAUCCAGACGCCCCCUUGGGCAAGGACGAAAUUGAUCAAUUAUGAUCAUGUCCGCCAGAUGAUCACGUUCGAAGCUUGCAAAGGAAUCACCACCACUGCGCCCAUUCCCAGCGACCGCAAACACCCAGAUAUCAUCGAGGCAGAAAUGCAGGGACGCGGAGUACAUGGAGACUUUGGACUUACCAACGUGGGCCUCACUCUUGCCCAAGCCAAGAGAGCCACCCCGGGAAGCUGGGGUAAAAGGAAGAAAUGCGACAGUUGCAUGUUCAUUGCUCGCGGGACAAGCCCAGGUCUCUGCAAUCCCAAGGAGGGCAGCACAACUUGCGGGAAUUGCCUCAUCCUCUUUGGACGUCCAUGCUCUUACACUCUUGGCAUCCCGGCUGUGAAAACCAAUGCUGGUGAUGUUGGAAACUCAUUUGACGAACUCGCGGCUCGUAGAGAUACAGCGAACGCGCUCCGACGGACGGCCCUCAACGGACUCCGGGGCUCAGAAGAUGAUGCGAUGAUGACCGAUGACCCGAAUUUUAUGGAGAUUGAACAAGGAGAAGACGGUGAUUUGGAGGCGGAUAUGGAGGAUGAACUUAACUGA